UGAGAAUCAGCUUGCCAUUGGCAGCAUUAAGUCUUCUCUCAGCGCUAUGUUUGAUUUUGUACAUAAGGCAAAAGAAGAAGAAGACGAAUAAGAAAGUGGAGGAUCAGAAUCAACAACAUUUUAGCGAAGGAAGAGGAAUGAGAAGCUCUGAAAUGUUCUACAUUAAUGAGAGGAAAAAUGACGAUCUAGAUUUACCAUUGUUUGAUUUUGCAACUAUCUUGGACGCUACCAAUAACUUUUCACUGAGCAACAAACUUGGAGAGGGUGGUUUUGGACCUGUUUACAAGGGUAUGCUGAAAGAUGGGCACGAAAUUGCAGUAAAGAGACUUUCAAGAUACUCAGCACAAGGAACUGAUGAGUUCAAGAAUGAGGUUAUCUUCAUUGCUAAACUCCAGCAUUGGAAUCUUGUGAAGCUUCUUGGUUGCUGUAUUCAAGUAGAAGAAAAGAUGCUGGUUUAUGAGUACAUGCCGAAUAAUAGCUUGGAUUGGUUCCUUUUUGAUACAAAUAGGAGGUCACUGCUUGAUUGGCCUAAGUUCUUCCAUAUUAUUAAUGGAAUUGCUCGAGGACUUCACUAUCUUCAUCAAGAUUCAAGAUUGCGGAUAAUCCACAGAGAUCUUAAACCUAGCAAUGUUUUGCUAGACAUUGAUAUGAACCCGAAGAUAUCUGACUUAGGCAUGGCCAGAAGUUUUGGAGGAAAUGAGACUGGAGCCAUGACGACAAGAGUGGUUGGAACAUAUGGCUACAUGUUUCCGGAAUAUGCAGAAGAAGGGAAAUUCUCAGUGAAAUCAGAUGUAUUUAGCUUUGGAGUUCUAGUACUGGAGAUUUUAAGCGGGAAGCGAAAUAGAGGGUUCUUUCAUCCAGACCAUCACCAUAAUCUUCUAGGACAUGUUUGGAUCCACUUCAAAGAAGGCAGGGUUUUGGAAGUAAUAAAUACACAUCUAAAGGAGUUAUGCAACCUAUCUGAAGUACAAAGAUCAGUCCAUGUAGGUCUAUUGUGUGUGCAGCAGUGUCCAGAAGAUAGGCCUAGCAUGUCGUCAGUUGUGCUGAUGUUAUCUAGUGAUAUUCCAUUGCCCUCACCUAAAGAGCCAGGGUUUUUUACUAGCAGAAGCCAAUUCGGUGAAGUUAAUAGCUCAUCUAGCAAGCUUGGCGAACAUUCUGGAAAUGAAUUAAGCAUCACAUUGUUGGAUGCUAGAUAG